GCAGUGCGGCGGCCGGGCGGGGGGCGGGAGGGCGGCGGGGCCGGCCGGUUCCCUGCUGGCACGGCCCACCCGGGCGGCGGCGGCGGCGGCGGAGGGCGCCGGGCUCGGACGCUGCCACCCUCCGCCCGCCCUCCUUCCCUCCCUCCCCGCAUCCCGGGGCGGCGCGGCCGUAGCGGGCGGGGCUGUGGGAGCCCGUCCCCCGCACCUGCCCGGCCGCCGGGCCCUCAGUCCCUCCCGCGGACGGCAGCCGUGCGCGGCCCGCACCCGCCGCGGCCCCGGGGGGAAGCCCCUUCCCCUCAGCCGCCAGGCGGGUGCCGCCCGCCCGCCCCGAGCCGGGAUGUUCUCCAGGAAGGGCCACGCCGAUGUCAGGAAAUCCACCCAGAAGGCGCUGGACCCCAAGCGGGACGUACUCACCCGCCUCAAGCACCUCCGGGCGCUGCUGGAUAUUGUGGAUGGAAGUGACCGGAAGCAAUUUUUUGAGAACAACUAUUCUCAAAUUUAUUUUAUAUUCUAUGAAAACUUCAUAACACUGGAAAAUAGCUUGAAACAAAAAGGGAAUAAAUCACAAAGGGAGGAGCUGGACUCCAUUCUCUUUGUUUUUGAAAAAAUAUUGCAGCUGCUACCUGAGAGGAUUUUUUAUCGAUGGCAUUUUCGCAGUAUAGGGUCGAUUUUGAAGAAACUUUUGCACACUGGAAAUUCUCUCAAGAUAAGAUGUGAAGGAAUCCGACUGUUUCUUCUCUGGCUUCAAGCGCUUCAGACUAACUGUGCAGAAGAGCAGAUAUUAAUAUUUGCAUGCCUUGUGCCCGGCUUUCCACCCGUUAUGUCGUCCCGAGGUCCCUGUACACUAGAUAACCUCAUUAGUCCUCCCGGUUCGGCAGAUGCUAAGAUUUUUCCAGAAGAAAUAACCCCACUUUUGCCAGCUGUCUCUGGAGAGAAGAUGGCUGAAGACCAAACCUGCUAUUUUCUUCAGCUACUGUUAAAAUAUAUGGUAAUUCAGGCUGCAAGCUUAGAGUGGAAGAAUAAGGAGAACCAAGACACUGGUUUUAAGUUUCUCUUUACCUUGUUUAGAAAAUACUAUCUUCCUCACUUGUUCCCAUCUUUCACAAAGCUAACCAACCUCUACAAACCUGUUCUUGAUAUUCCUGAUAUAAGACCAAGACCAGUAUACAUUACUGCAACACGAAACAAUGAAAAUGUCUAUAGCACAAAAAUCCCAUAUAUGGCAGCUCGAGUUGUUUUUAUUAAGUGGCUUGUUACCUUCUUUCUUGAAAAGAAAUAUUUAACUGCUGUUCAGAAUACAAAAAACGGAGGAGAAAUGCUCCCUAAAAUUAUUCAGACUGUUGGUGUUGUAAACCAAGAUAAAAGUGCAGAACUGGAAACUGGUAUGUCUUACGCGAGCGAGCAGGAGAGAAGCCAUUCCAACAGCAGCACCUUGUCCGACAGAAGGCUCAGCAAUUCCAGCCUCUGCAGCAUCGAAGAGCAGCACCGGACUGUCUAUGAGAUGGUGCAGAGGAUCCUCUUAUCCACUCGAGGAUAUGUUAACUUUGUCAAUGAGGUGUUUCGACAGGCUUUUUUAUUGCCACCUUCUGAUAUAUCUGCAACACGAAAAGUGGUUAAGGUAUAUCGAAAGUGGAUAUUGCAAGAGAAACCUGUGUUCAUGGAGGAGCCAGAUAGAAAGGAAGAUAUUCAGGACGCUGCUGUCAACUUAGAGGAUUCAUCGCUGCAAACAGACGGUAAACAUCUUUCCUCUGACCAUUCGGGACAUAAGCGCUCGUCCAGCUGGGGAAGAACGUACUCCUUCACCAGUGCUGUGAACAGAGGAUGUGUAUUAGAAGACGAGGACAAAAACGUUAAAGCUGGCGCUCAAGCUGCCUUACAGGUAUUCUUGACAAACUCUGCGAAUGUUUUCUUACUGGAACCGUGCACUGAAGUCCCUGUGCUUUUGAAGGAGCAAGUUGAUGCUUGCAAGGCAGUUCUGAGUAUCUUUAGGCGCAUGAUAAUGGAACUAUCAAUGAAUAAAAAGACAUGGGAGCAGAUGUUACAGAUACUCCUUAGAAUAACAGAAGCUGUGAUGCAGAAGCCGAAGGAAAACCAAAUAAAGGAUACGUUUGCCCAAAGCAUGUCGGGAUUACUUUUCCGAACCCUCAUUGUGGCUUGGAUCAGAGCAAACCUGAGCGUUUACAUUUCUCGGGAGCUGUGGGAUGAGCUGCUCAGCGUUCUGUCCGCCCUGACGGACUGGGAGGAGCUCAUAAACGAGUGGGCCAAUAUCAUGGACUCUCUAACAGCAGUGCUGGCAAGAACUGUGUAUGGGGUGGAAAUGACCAACUUACCCUUGGAUAAGCUCAGUGAGCAAAAGGAAAAAAAGCAGAGAGGAAAAGGUGGCAUUUUAGAGCCUCAAAAGACAGCUGUAGUGGGGAGAUCUUUUUCAUUAAGCUGGAAAAGUCAUCCUGAAGUUGUGGAGCCAAUGAGAUUCCGAAGUGCUACAACCUCUGGAGCCCCAGGAGUCGAGAAAGCGAGAAAUAUUGUUCGUCAAAGAGCAACAGAACUUGAAGAAUCUCAACAGCUGGAAAACUCAACAGGAACAGAAGCUAUGGGCCUAUUUGUAGACCAAGAGCAGCAGCUAACUCGAAGUAGCAGCACUUCAGAUAUUGCAGAUCAGUUUCCAUCUGAUUUUUUUCAAGGUAAAAAGGCUGGGAGUUCUCACAAUUUAACUUCUUCAGACUCCAAAUCAGUUCAGGAAAAUAAGGGAAAUACAAAGAAGGAACUUGAAGCUGAGCAAGUACUAGUACAAAGAAGCAGUAGUACAGCUGAAUUAGAUUUGAAAGCAGACCUGGAGCAAUCACAAGGAAAUUACAGAGAGAGAGAAAAAAGUGAAAGCGUUAGCAGUGACACAUCCAUUGGCUAUAAUAAUGAAGUGGAGAUCGCACUCAUGCCCUGGCAAGCCGCUGAAGACGACCAUGAAGUUAAUGCGUCAGCAGAUGGCUGUGUGGAUCCUGAUGCACCUCGCUGGCUUCAGCUUAGUCCUUCAGAUACUGCAAAUUUAACAGACAGUAGUGAAUUCCUUGCUGAUGACUGCAGUAUAAUUGCUGGUGGAAGCCUCCUCGGUUGGCAUCCUGAUUCUGCUGCUGUGUUAUGGAGGAGGAUCUUGGGAAUUCUUGGAGAUGUGAACAAUAUACAGUCACCGAAAAUCCAUGCAAAAGUUUUUGGGUAUCUUUAUGAGUUGUGGUAUAAACUUGCAAAGAUACGGGACAACCUUGCUAUAAGUGUGGACAAUCAGUCUACUCCCUCUCCUCCUGUCUUAAUUCCUCCUCUCAGAAUAUUUGCAUCGUGGUUGUUCAAGGCAACCACCCUGCCAAAUGAGUACAAGGAAGGCAAACUUCAGGCAUACAGGCUGAUCUGUGCUAUGAUGACGAGGCGUCAAGAUGUUCUGCCAAACUCUGAUUUCCUGGUUCAUUUUUAUUUUGUGAUGCACCUCGGCUUAACAAAUGAAGACCAGGAUAUCUUAAAUACUGUCAUAAAGCACUGCCCACCUUGGUUUUUCUUCCUGGGCUUACCUGGCUUUACGAUGCUGAUAGGAGACUUCAUUACGGCGGCGGCCAGGGUUCUGAGCACAGACAUGCUGGAGGCUCCCCGUUCAGAAGCUCACACCAUCCUUGGUUCUCUCGUUUGCUUUCCAAACAUCUACCAAGAAAUCCCACUCUUGCGGCCCAUUUCAGAAGCCGGUGAUAUCAUCGCAGGGACAGCAGAUGUGAAGUGCUACCUCAUAAAUAUUUUACUGAAGAACGCUACAGAGGAGCCAAGUGAAGCUGCAAGGUGCAUAGCUAUUUGUGGCCUUGGAGUUUGGAUAUGCGAAGAACUAACGCAGUGUACGAACCAUCCCCAAGUGAAGGAAGCCAUCAAUGUCAUAGGUGUGACACUGAAGUUUUCUAAUAAGCUGGUAGCUCAAGUAGCCUGUGACGUUCUUCAGCUGCUGGUUUCUUACUGGCAAAAGCUUCAGAAGUACGAAUCCUCUCUGUCCAGAAAAAUUACUGAAAUCCUUGUGGCCACUAUUGCAUUUCUUUUGCCGAGUGCUGAAUACUCCUCUGUGGAAGCAGAUAAAAAGUUCAUAGUUUCACUGCUGCUUUGCUUGUUGGAUUGGUGUAUGGCACUACCCAUGAAAAUGCUACUGGAGCCAGUGUCUGCUGGUGUUCUUGAAGAUCAACAUGCAUCCAAAGCUCCUUUACUCGACUAUAUUUAUAGAGUUCUGCACUGUUGUGUGAAUGGCUCCAGCACGUAUACUCAGCAAAGCCAUUACGUGCUGAGUCUGGCAGACCUCUCGUCCAGUGAUUACGACCCGUUUUUGCCACUGGGGAAUGUCAGGAGCUCUGAGCCAGCCCAGUGCCACUCCUCCGUGGAUCUGGGCAACCUGCUCACUGUCGCCGAGGAGAAAAGGAGGAGGAACUUAGAAUUGAUACCUUUAACGGCGCGGAUGGUUAUGACUCACCUGGUGAAUCACCUGAGCCACUACCCGCUCAGUGGAGGCCCUGCCAUUCUCCACAGUCUCCUUAGCGAGAACCAUGACAACUCCCACGUGGAGUCCUCCGAGCUGUCCUCAGAAGUCUUCCGGAGCCCCAACCUGCAGCUCUUCGUGUUUAACGACAGUACUCUCAUAUCUUACCUCCAAAUCCCCGCAGAGAAGACGACGGACACUGAACCAGCAGCAGCCCCCUCGGACGUAAGGGUAAUUGUCAGGGAUAUCUCGGGGAAGUACUCUUGGGAUGGCCGAAUAUUGUACGGGCCUUUGGAGGGCUGCCUUCCGCGGCAGAGCGCAACGAACACAUUUGUGAUCUCGGGCAACCCUGAACACCACUUCAUUUCCCAGAAAGACAUUUCUCAGGUGGAAGAAGGAGAAGAUGCUCUUGACCAAUUGCUGGAAAAGAUUGGUAACACCAGUCCUGAAUGCCUUUCACAUCCCCAGCGAAAGCUGAACGAGCCGUCGCCGCCACCCUUCGGUGUGAGCUACGACCAAGAGAAUGCGAUCACUGAAGCCUUGAUGAGGCAGAGCGCCCAGGAAAAAGAGUAUAUAUUUAAAUGCAGCACGGACUUGAGUAUGAAGGUGUCCCGCCAAGAAGAACCCUGUCCUGCUGAACCUCAGGCGUCCUUUUAUUUCUGUCGGCUGUUGCUAAAUGACUUGGGAAUGAACUCCUGGGAUAGAAGAAAAAGCUUUCAUCUUCUUAAGAAAAAUUCAAAGUUGCUGCGAGAACUGAAAAAUCUGGAUUCCCGCCAAUGCCGUGAAACUCACAAGAUUGCAGUGUUUUACAUUGCGGAAGGGCAGGAGGACAAAUGUUCAAUACUGUCCAACGCAAGGGGAAGCCAGGCGUAUGAAGAUUUUGUUGCUGGACUGGGCUGGGAGGUUGAUCUUUCAACACAUGGUGGGUUUAUGGGCGGCCUGCAGCGCAAUGGUAGCACAGGACAAACGGCACCCUAUUACGCUACCUCUACCGUGGAAAUCAUUUUUCACGUGUCUACAAGAAUGCCGUCGGAUUCAGAUGAUUCACUGACCAAAAAGCUUCGUCACUUGGGAAAUGAUGAGGUUCACAUCGUCUGGUCGGAACACACCAGGAACUACCGCCGAGGCAUUAUACCAACCGAUUUUGGAGAUGUUUUAAUCGUUAUUUAUCCAAUGAAGAAUCACAUGUUUUUCAUAGAGAUAAUGAAGAAACCGGAGGUGCCAUUUUUCGGUCCUCUCUUCAGUGGAGCAAUCGUGACUGCAAAGCUGCUGCCAAGCCUCAUAUGCGCCACGUGCAUCAAUGCCAGCAGAGCUGUCAAGUCGCUCAUCCCGCUCUACCAGAGCUUUUAUGAAGAAAGAGCUCUGUAUCUCGAAGCAAUAAUCCAGAACCAUAAAGAAGUAAUGACAUUUGAGGAUUUUGCCGCUCAGGUUUUUUCUCCCUCUCCCAGCUACUCCCUCGGUGGAACUGAUUUCUCUCGUUUUAGAGGAUGGGGUUUUAAGCUGCUAUCUUCUUCUGUUCUUGCUCCCUCAGCCAAAAAGAAAAGCAGUCAUUCAACAAAAUACUUGUGUGUACUUUUAAAAAAAAAAAAUCAUAAAAAUGAAGCAGGCACAAACAGCUACAAAAGCGUUCCAACUUUAAUUACCUCUGCUGACUAAAAAGAGCGUGUUGUUUGUUUUUUUCAUUUAAGAUCAGAAGCCAGAAUCGUGUUAACCCUUAGGAACUGGAAGUAGACGGGUAUUCUAGAAAGGAAAAGGGAUAGCUUUUCCACCAGAGAAGGAUUUAUAGUUGAGCGUUUUAUACUUACAAGGGCAGAUUUCCACUUUAAAGAGAGCCCACAAACCUGCUUUUCAGCAGCGUAGACUUGCAGUUAGUGCUUCAAAGGGUUAAUUGAAAUGGGCACACUUGACUGCUGAGAGGACUGAUCUAAUCACUGCCAUAUCCAAGUGCAUCUGUUCACCAUGAGGUCAUUCUUGUGCAUGCUAAUGAUUUGGAAAAUAAAGCAUAAAUGCUUGACGUUAUCAGAAAGGAUAUAGUGUAAAUCUUUGCUUUUUUAGUUGCUAAUGGCUAUUGUGGAAGAAAACAGGCCGGCAAAAUCAUCUCGGAUUAUUGCUUUCCAUUUUAAUUUUUUUUUAAAGCAUCGUUUUCAGUGGAGUGUCAGGAAAACUGUGCUGGAAAACUCUGACAUGUGGUAUCUGUUGAUAAAUGGAUUCUUUAAUGAAUAUUAUAGCAUUGCCCAGGAGCAACACUUGAGUUGAGGAACUAUAGACGUUUUCAGCAUUCCCUGGUUUUAAAGCCUUGGAAGCCAUGCCUGCUUAUUUACAUAAAACUGAGAUUUUGCAGCCUUUUUGUUGAAAAGGUGACACAUGCUUUUCUUUUGUCUCCAGACUUUUACAGGCACGAAUGUCUUGUAGAAAAUACUUGCAUGUACAACAGACGAGAUUUGGUUUAUUUUAAAACACUCCUUGCUAGGUGCUGAGCUUUAUCUUCCCCACUUUAAAGCAAAAGGAAUAUUUCAAAUGGCCAUGUGAUUUUAAAAUAUAAUUUUGACUGAGACAAAACAAAACCUGGAGUAACUGUUGUCUCAAACAGACUUAUGUUCUUUUUAAUGCUAACUGAGCAGUGAUUCCGUUCGGUUUUGUUUGGUUUUUCUGGGUUUGGUUUGUUUUUUUUUUUUUACUUCUAUGUGCAUUUUCCUUGAAAACCCAUAGGAUGUUUUGUCAGUUCUGUGUACGAGGUGGAGUAAGAGUCUGUCCAGGUUCUGUAUAAUAUUUUUGCACAUUUUUAGGGAAUCCGCAUAGAGCUGAAUAUUGAAAAUACACACAUCUGAGAACGAGUAGCUGUGCCAUGGUAUUACAGCAUACGCAGCACAUGCCAAGUGCUGGGUUUGAUCAAUAUGACAGUGUUGCCUGAAACUGAAAAAAAAAAAAAAAAAAAAAAAUAGUUUCUAGUAACUGGGACGUAGAAAAUUCCAGACCGCCCUGGCAGCGAAGGGCCACUGCUCAGCUGCUUCCACCGCGAGAAGAGGUGGUGCUGAAACCAUCUGGCAGUUGUGACCGGCUGGACCGGGACGCUGCGGCGGAGCCACACGCGGCGCUUGAACCUCAGCGCCGAGCCCUUCCUUCCCAGCGCCGGCGCCGCCCUUCAGCGCGGGAGGAGGCACGAGAAGCCGACGCGUUAGCGCAGGGCUCGGUGCGAGGUGCGCCAGCUUCCUUCUCGGUAGGUGAGCAGGAAAACGUGCCAUCGUAGGUGCCCAACGCUGCCGUUGUAGAGGUUGUCCAGGCAGUGAACAAAGAGGAGAAGCUCAGGGAGGUGGAGCAGAGGAGUGGGAAGAGUUACCAAAGGAGGCAGGACUCAAGGUGUUUCUCUGGGGUCUUCCCCUCCCUGUGAAGAGUAUUCAGGAGGAGGUGCAGGGACCUGGCCUGCUUCCCCUCUCUGUUUAAUCCAGCUGAUUCUUACAGCUGAUGUUCAGCGAACUGGAGCAUCCUUCACUGCUGGGUCAGCAGCCUGUUCCAGCCGGCUGUGGUCUUGGUUACCGGCUUUCCUGCCCCUCUUCCACAGAGCUACCACCCACCUGGACUUUGUCACCACCACAGGAACGCGCGGUGCUCGGCAACUGAACGCCGCGCUGGGUGGCUCUCAGCACCGCGCUGCCCUGUGCACCUAACUCCUAACGCAUACUCGCCGGCAGAAACGGCAGGUCCGUAACUACCUCCGUCGCUGCCAGCCUCAGACACCUUGGCUCUGAAAUAUGGCGGUCUCCCACCACUGUGUUCCCCCCACGGCAGCUGCCAGCCCAUCUAGGGAGUCGCUGAGGCUCUGCCUGCACCGCAGCGUCCCGAAGAGCCAGGGCCCGGUGGCCGAUGGGCCCUGCCUGCCUGGUGAAAUUGUCUCUUGGCCCAUGGUAGCUGCUCGACAGCAGAGAACGAAAAGGUGCCAAAUGAAAUUUUCAAUUGAAUCAAGCAUAAUUACCUGAUUUAAUGAAGGAGGAAAGUCAGGAUGUUCUGCAGAAACCCCAAAUUCACCCUUUCUCCCCAGAGACGCCUUUGAGCGAGACACACGGAAUGAAUCCGUUCCCUAUUUUCCAUUACCUCCCUCCUUCCUGCGCAUGCAGGGAAACCCACGUGAGCAUCUUCAAAUAACGUGACACAGCAAUUCUGAUCCGCUUUCUGGAUCUUUUAAUGGCAAAACUGAGAAAUCACAAUGAUUUCUGUGACAACACAUGGACGCUAUAAACAAAGGCACGAUUUUGCUGGAAGAUGAAGCAGCGACCGAGUGGAGGCGCGUCCCUCCUCCCGCAGGAGCACUUGUUACAGUCGCAGAGACGACACCAGAAAUCAAACACCGUUUUUCCUCUGUCGGACUCAGGCAGCGGUGUCUGCCUUGGAGUCGUUCAUCUGCUCGUGCAUUUAGCAGUCUGAAGAGUUUAAACACCUUGCUGGUAGUUAUAUACAAAGGAACAAAAGGGAAGCUCCUGCAUCCUCGAUACACCGGGGGACUGCUCCCGAGCCGCGGUCAGACCCUUUAUGAGGGUGGUGCAUCCUGACAGUAUGAUAGCUUGCAUUUUUCAUGAAAGAGAAAUACUUUAUUGAAUUAGUAAAAUUCUUAGGGUCCCUGUAAGGGUUAGAAAUGGUCUAUUAUUAAGUAGAGAUAGGGCAAAGUCAUAGUAAAUACCAUAAAUCAUUGGGUGGCGUUAGCUCUGUACCCCCUAUAGCUCCUCUGACUUGAACAGCCUGAUGUAAACGAACACCCGGAGGACGAGGCCUGGUUCAGAAGCGUACGAGUCCGCGCAGAUGGCGAGGAAGUUGCAUCGUUACCUUGCAGCUCCCUGCAAAGCAGCCGCAGACCGCUGUGGGUACCGGGGCGGUCUCUCCCUUCGCCCACCACCUACGAGGGCAUACGGCCUGGACCACCCCCCGCGGCUGGGGGGUGCUGGGGUUGCUUCUCCCUCAAGCCUGGUGUAACCUCAGGAGCUGCAGCGGAGCGGGUGUGAGAGCAACGUCAGGGCUCUCAGCCUGGGCCCUUUCUUUUUUCCAUUUAAUUGAUUGUCUCGGAGGGAGCUCUCCCGGCUACGAUCUCCAGGAGAGGAGAUGGCAAGGGAGGGCUUCCUCCCCAGCAAUCAGCGCUGGGAUGGGAAAAAAUAUUAGCUUGACGGGCCUCUCUCUUCUGCCGGGUGACAGCUCCAGCUGCUCGAGCUGUCAGCUCGCGAGAGAGCUCCAGGCAAUGUGGCCCCUUUGCAUUUUCCCUCUGCGCUGACGCACGGCAGCCCUGCAGCCGCCGCGGGGAGAGGGCCCGGGCAGAGCCGUCCUGCCUGCCGCAGGCUGCCGGCGCCCGGGCGGGGGCUUCGGUGGUGGGUUAAGGCUGCCCACGUGUUGCGGGCCUGCGUGCAGAGGAGAAGUAACCGCUAACGCUUGCUGGGGUCCCGCUGGCUGGCUGGCCUCUGCGGAACUAACGAGUGGCCGCUCCAGGUCACCACCAAGGAGAACCUUGGUGUGCACGUUUAGGGUUUAUUUCCAAAUCUCUAAAGCAGUCAAGGCUGGGAACGUGAUGGGGUCAGCACUCGUCGCCCGUGCUGGGAGCAGUGAGUGCUUUAGGGUUGUUUCUGCCCUUGAUUUACCUGUAGUUUCAGGCUCUUCGUAAUGCUUCAGUUACAGCUUUUCAAGGUACUACUUUUUUGAUUUUUCACAACCAAACUACAGUGGAGCAAACCUCCUCGUUCACCGAUGUUUCGGCUGUUGCAGCGCCUCACUUAGGGCCCGAUGUGGUCAGGGGAAGCAGGUACAAACACUGCCCUUGACUUCUGCUGGCCCUGCAAGGGCAGCCUUCAUCCCCCUCCACGCGAGGCCGUGCCUCUGGCGCGGGCUCGGGACGGUCAGCUCGAACAUCCUCUCUGCGGCAGCGUUGCCGUGGGUUUGGGGGGAAAAGGGACUCUAAAUUGAGCUUCAUAGAAGGACUCUCCAAAGGUAACGGAGAAGUGAGGGUUCGUGCCAUUGCCCAGCUGCAGCCUCCGGUGGCUGCCAGCCAGAACACCCGCCUGCGCUCCUGGGCAUCCCCUCUGCCACUGCCGAGGUCGAACCACAGAGCCUUUGGGGUUUGCUUGCAGGCAUAAGAUAAAUGAAAGAUCUCGAUGCAGCUUUAAAACAGCUGUUACUCGUAACAAAAUAGGAAAUAUUUUAACAGCUCAUACCAAACAUGACAAGUCACCAAAGGGCCACGCGGUGUGAACGCAGUUCCAGCGUCCUUAAUGCUGCUGGUUGUUGUAUCUGCGUUUCAGGCCACUGAACGCGUGUGGGUCAGCGUGAGCACGGCCACUGCUUUUAUUUAACGAUAAUUUCUGCAAAAUACUCUCCCCUGAACAUGCAGGCUCAGGAUGCUGCUCAUAUUGUAUUUUCAGCCUGUCCUUGUGAGUGGAAAGCAGAGCAUGUCAAAAUGCUAAGCGGAUUUACUGGUAUGACUCUCUCCGGAAUUUUAUUACCUUCACAUUUACUGGGAAAGAAAACAAAGAUUUCCACAGACCUGUCAUGGCUGAUAGGUUAAUUAGAGGGGGUAUAGGUCAUGGUCUGUGUGAAAACUCCUUGGGUCUUCUCAAGUAUAAAGCUUCAAAAUCCAUAAUGAUCACACAUGAUGUUGUGUUCCCUCUCUACACCCUGGGUUGUUACACGUUAAGACCCACCUUUCUUGGCUUUUUCCCAUAAGAUAGAAAUGUUUACUGAGUAUGAGCAGUAGCCUUGGCCGUAGUCAGCCAAAUCGGUUCCUCCCAGGGGAUCGGGAAAGGCCAUCGCAGCGCUACGGGGUGCUGCUUUCCCCCCGUGCGCUAAGAGGGUGGGUGACCACAGCCCUGCUCGAGGAGGGGUUUGUUAGGCUUUGCUCGCCCCUCGCUAAAACCGCCUGGGUCCGGAGCAGGGCCCGGCUUCAGAGACAGCGCAGAGUAAUUCUGUGGAGAUCACGUCCCAAAAAAUGAACCUAACUUCAGGAUCCUGUGGCUGCCCUUCAAACGUGUGUGUUGUGAACGUGGCUAAAGGCUCAAAGGGUUCUACUUGCGCCUGGGGAUGGGGCUGAGGGAAGGGCAGGCACAGGAGAGAGAGCAGCAGCCUUCCGCCUAGUUUUAUCAAAUAAUUUCUGUGGGAAACAUCCACAGCAGUGAGUCACUGUCUUUUCCAUGAGAUUUUCAGUACUGUUAUAAUACACAGGUUCCACCCUUUCUGUUGUUGUAGUUCUUAAAAGCAAACUCGGGAGCUUUGGAGCACAGCAGUAAGGAUCCCGUACCUUGUAAAGCCGCGUGAGGUACCUGCUGUACUCCGUAAGUGCUGCUGCAGAACACAUUAUGAACUUGAAAAGCUGAUUUUCGACCACAGAAACACUGUGGCCUUCUGGCAGGUUGGUUGACUUGGUUUGGGGGGAGAAAAAACCUCUCACGUUACUGGACCUGUGAGGGAGCCGACAGAGAAGGUGCUUUUGGUUUCAGUUUUCUGCAUGUGGUGCCCCUGCGGAGCGUUCGGCCGGUUUUGGUGAGGAGUUGGACCCCCAGGAGCUGAGCUGCACGAAGGCGGCGCUCUGUGGCUCUUGUCCGGGGGAGGUCCCGCCUGCUUCCUCCAUAGGCCGACCAAGAGGAUGUUUCGCCAUCAUCGGCGCCGAUAUUGCUGUGCUUGUGCAUACGCUGAAGAGCAGGGAGAGGGAGUUACUUUGCUUUCAGGACCGUUCAUCUGCUUCACGAGGAGAAGAGAAAUUGCUAAAAGAUCAUUUUUUCCUAGAGCACGUGGUGGUGGUGUCUGAGAGACCAGGAUUGUUCUGUUUGGUAGAUUUGAUAUUAAGAAAAGCUAUCUCUAGCUUUCCAAAAGAUAACUCUUCAUUUGAAGUAUGUUUUUAUCCAUAUUACUAACCGAUUUUUUAAUCCCCUUCUGCAAGGAACAUAUUUUAAAAUCGUAAGCCUUUGUCUCCAUAAAGCCUUUGCACCCGUAAGAGGCCGCAGAGGCAUCUGAUCCGUCACGCGCGCGCGGGCGUACGACUGCCCGUGACGCGCUUUUGCACAUGCAAAGGACUCUCCAUUCAUGGAAGUUUAUGUGGCCCAGUGGUACCUACGUUGUUCACUUUCUGACUUUCUGGUUUCUUUAACCUGCCUAUGGUGCAACAGAGCUUUAGGUCUCUGUGAAGCCGCAAAUGUUACCCAGUUUGGAACUGUACGACCACUGACAGCGUUGGAAGCGCAGCUGAAAUAAGAGGCUGCUGAAGCCCCCUUGAACCAUAUCGGCAAGUCUGGCAAAAGUUAAAGGCAGAUUAUUAUUCCUUCCAAUUUUUGCCAACGUUUCCUCCGUUUUUUCAAUUGACAGACCAGCGGGGCAAGGCAGAGCGUGUGGGCACCCAUUUCUCUCCAGGUCCCCCAGGGUAUCGAGGUGACCUUUGUGUCGUGAGUUGCCCGUGCGGCUGGUGCCCUGCGUGUGCCAGGACGGCUGCGGCUGUUCCCGCUGCGCCGGGCGCCCGCAAGCAGCUGGCCUGACCUUCACGCAAGUGCGACGGGUGUGCUGUUCCUGUAUUUAUAUGAUUUUGUGUUCUC